AUGUCGUUGGUCAUCCUCACUUUGGGUUCCCUUUUGAUCACCAACCUUCACUUAUUGACCGUUUAUCGGUCGUCGUUCAUUCAGGACUCGCUCUCGAGGUGGAUGGUCGUUACGUUCGUAUUGCCCUUGGGCCUUAUUAUCCCCAUUUUGGUCAAGAAGCACAUUAUGAACCCUGGCUUUGGAUCGAUUUGCUUCGUUGGUCCGGACAUGGCCGGCCCCUACUUCUUCCUCCCGGUCUCUAUCAUUGUUUGCCUAGCUACGUUGCUGCACUUGGGAACCAUCGCCUUCAUGAUCAAGGCGACUAUUGUGGCAAACUCAUCGAGCUCGAUCGGCAAGUCAAACUCCGAAAUCUCAAACGGAAGCGAUAACAGCACCAUGAUGACCCCACGACAACGCCGCCUCCACACCGCACGCGGCAUUACCCUUCAAAUCAAGCAGCAAUGGCGCCCCGGUGUCCUCGCUCUCUGGCUCGUACUCAUCGAUGUUGUAUACAGUCUCUUCUAUUACAUCGAAGCCAAGAAGCUACUCACUGUCACUCCCACCUCUGCCUGGUUCCAGCAGUGGGUUGCUUGUCUGGUCGACCAGAUGAUUGAAUCUGCUAUAGCAGGACGUCUGUCCUUGACCAACCCCACCAUGGACCAGUUCUUGGUCGCUGGCGAGUUUGCUCAGAGGACUUGUGCCCCAAUUGCUACACCCUUUGUGCCCAGCUUUGUUUGGGCCACCGUCACGGAUUUUUUGCCUGCGAUGCUUGGUAUCGUCAUUCUGGUCAUCUUUGGAUCCAAGCUUGAGCUGUGGGAAGAUCUGAGAGAGAGGCUUUUUAGCAAGCGGAACCCUGAUAAUGUCAAGAUCAUGAUGGGCGAUAUGCCGCAGAACAACCACAACAAAGUAUACAGCAAUUCAUCGUCGCCUGGUUCUCCCAACAAGGUUGACCUCGCCCACGUCGAUAACCCCUACGGUAGCCAGACAAACUUGACCCCGAUCCCUAGAGUUUCCUUUCAAAAGACAAGCAGCAACACCAAUGGCGGCUCGAUCUCCAAGAACCAGUCUCCAUCCACACUUGAGCCAUGGAACUCUUCAGCUUGGACCACCCUCAUAACAGACGACAACUCCCUCCAACCACCCCAUCGCACCAUUUCACCUCCACCCAUGACCAACAACACCCAGUUCUACAACAGUGAAGACCUAAAUGCCGUCCCCUAUUCCAGUCUCAAAUCCCCAACACUCAGCAACGCCACUGCCACUGGUAAUCGAGGAUCCGCAACCUCUUCAAAGCCAGUCAACAACAGUCGUAGUAGAGAAGAAUUCAAUUUUGAUCAACAACUUCUGUCCCGCUCCCUCUCACCGCCAUUGCGACCCAACAAGAACAUGUCUCGUUAG